AAGGAGGUCUCUCAUCUCUGGAAGAAGAGGGCGACACGACCGAACUGCAACAUCUGGAUGAUUUACAAAAGCGUAUGCUCAACGUUGAUAUAGGGUUUCACUUAUCGCGUGGAGCUUGGUAGGAAAUAGCGCCCCAAGAGCAUGGGGCUUCGAUGCAUUCUCGGGCCGAAAACAAACAGCCCAAAGUUCCCAGCAAUUCAAAAAGCGAGGACAAAGAAGGACCUUCUAGUCCACCCUUCGAAGCACCGGAUGCUGCUUCGAAGGCUACACAGAUUCCUUCAGGCCGCCCGAUUCCUACGUCGCCCACAGGAGACCAAGCACCAAGUACCCAAGACAAAGGCUCAUCUAUCGGGUUGGAGAAUCUUAAAUCUCCACCGAACACACGAUUCCCUUCGGGAGACUUGCCAAGGGGAGACUCUGAGGAAGAGGUCCAAGAUAAUGACCAAUCUGGUAGUGGCGAUGGUGAUGGCGAUGGUGAUGGCGAUGGUGAUAGUAAUAACAACAACAACGAAGAGAAUGAUAAUGAACCACCCAACGUGGCAGAAGCGAGGACCCGUCCCAGCAGGUAGUCAUUGUGGGCAAGUGGCUUCAGAAGUUGCUGCAGCGCAUGCAUUGAGUCGUCCCAGCAUUGGCGUCUAUGUUAGGCUCACGGUCUGAUAAGAUCAUGCAUUGAUGAUUAUCCAGUGGCUCUUGUGGUUUUUAAUAGCGCUUCGAAAUGAUAUUACACAGCGAUAGACGGGUUUCAGUUCUUAGCUAUCUGAUACGUAUUAG